UCUGUAGGCUCCGCCAUCUUCCCUCUCAACAGACUGGAAUCCAUGGCGGGAACUGCAGCAAACGGAGAGAUCAAUCCCUGGCAAGAUGGCCUCGAGUCUCUCGAUUCGCCAAGAGUCGUCUUCUCCGUCGCGAUCGCCCAAGUCGUCGUGCGACGAGUGAUCGCAGCCCUCCCAGGCUCAGACGGAGGGGCGAGGGAGGAGGAGCUGGUCUUCGACGGCGUGCACGCGCUGCUGGUGGCGCAUGGCUCUGGUCAGCUGCAGCGGCUGGAGCUGCGCUCUGUGGCUGAUGGGCGGGUGCUGCUGCAUGCCGCUGUCACCACGACCUUGUGGUGCCAGCCUCAAACGGAGGUGCGAGUGCACAUGGUCACACCCGAUGGGACACGAUGGGUUCUCAUGUUUGCAAGCCCAACGGACUGCUCGGCCUUUCUGCUCAGCAUCGGCUUCGCUCGUGCACUCGCCACUUCCCUCUCGGUCCACCUUGCUGCAGCACAAACCUACCCACCACAAGCUUACAUCGCAGUACCUCCCACGCUGCAAGAUGUGCUGCUGAGCUCAGGAGGUCACAGGUCACAGGCAGAGGGAGGCGACACUGUGCAAGUGGCGCUGACAGCAUGGGUGGCUGACCCCUUCACAACACCUCACCUGCCAUCCGCAAAACCUUUCCUGGUUACCCAAGGAAAGGGAGUGAAGCUGCUACUUGGCGCGCACAAGGCCUUAGAAGCCGUUCCUCUCAGCCGUUCCUCCCAGCUGUUCCUCCCAGCCCUUCCUCCCAGUUGUUCCUCCCAGCCCUUCCUCCCAGCCGUUCCUCCCAGCCGUUCCUCCCAGCCGUUCCUCCCAGCCGUUCCUCCCAGCCCUUCCUCCCAGCCGUUCCUCCCAGCCGUUCCUCCCAGCCGUUCCUCCCAGCCGUUCCUCCCAGCCGUUCCUCCCAGCCGUUCCUCCCAGCCGUUCCUCCCAGCCGUUCCUCCCAGCCGUUCCUCCCAGCCGUUCCUCCCAGCCGUUCCUCCCAGCCGUUCCUCCCAGCCGUUCCUCCCAGCCGUUCCUUCCAGCCGUUCCUCCCAUCCGUUCCUCCCAGCCCUUCCUCUGCAUGCGUUUGGGCUAAUACUAGGACUGCAGCUUCUCCUGUCGUACCUCCUGCCUCAUCUCCCUCCGCCUCCCUCCCAUCACCACCACAUAACCCUGGAGCAAGGAAUAGUGGGAAUGCGCAAAGGGGGGAGGCGGUUUCUUGCUGUGGCUCCAACAGCAACUGGCCAGGGCGACUUCCCUGCCCUCCCACCUACUCUGCCCCCCAACUCCCUCCUGUUUCUCGACAUCACUCUUCAUCGCCUGCGCAAGCCAGUGCCGGGAUCAUCAUCAUCAUCAGCUACUGCUGCUGCUGCUGCCACCCCCCAAGGCCGUCGCAAGUCAUCCACCCACUCUCUCCUCCCUCGCUCCUCACCUCCCAGCGAGGCAGACUUAGACCUUGAUAGUGACAUGAGUGAUGCUCUCUCGGUCGCCUCAGCAGCUGACUCCCUCUCCUCCUCCCUUUCCGCCCCAGUGAGCCCGUCUAAGCUCUUCAGACAAGGCUGGCCGCUCUCCUCUGCUUCUGGCUUGCGAGGCUCGGCUUCCUCGCUUGCCUCGGCCUCUGGCAAGACGCCACCUGGCACGCCCCCAUUGACGGGGUGUGCUGCCUCGGUGGUCCCCCCUAAGCCUACUGGUGGGCCUUGGCCCGCGGGGCAGAGAGGGGCAGAAGGUGUAAGGGGGGCUGAAGGUGGAAGAGGGGCUGAAGGUGGAAGGGGGGCUGAAGGUGGAAGGCAGGCGGAAGGUGGAAGGGGGGCUGAAGGAACAGUGGGAAGUGAACGGUUAGCAGGCUCAGCAGCAGCAGGGGGAGAAGCAGCAGAACCAAAAGCAGCUGCUAACCUAGCAGCACGCAUCAGUGUUUUCAAUGAUAAUCCCGAAGCUGCUGAUGAUGCUGCUGCUGCUGUGGAUGGUGCUGAUGGUGCAGAUAUUGCAGUGAACGGCAACGAUAGUGGUGAUUCCGAGUCUGAUGUCCGUGCUUCAGAAGCUCUUACUGCAGCCCGUGGGCAUGAUCAUGUGUUUGCCGCCCAACUGGAAGUGGUAACAGCUGCAGCCCCCACACCUUCAGCAGCAGCAGCAGCGGCAGCACGUACAGGGCCAUCAAGCCAAGGCGAAUCAGAAGCAGAUGCAGCAAGGACGCCAGUGCAGCCUGUGCUAGCCUCUCACAGGCCUAACGACUCAGAUACUCUGAAUGCCACCAACUCCCAUGCUCGCCAGCCCAAUACCUGUGGAAUUGCAACAACCUCGACCCGUGCCAGUGCCUCAACUCUAAACACUACCUCCUCUUCUGCCCGCCCCCCGUUCAUCCUCCUCCCUCUCCCCUGUAUCCUACCAUCCCCUCCGCCCUCCUCCAUACCACCUCUCACACCACCCGAGCCUAACGAUCUCUCAGCACCUAUAGGUGGUGCGACUUGUAGGCAAGGAGAGGGAGGAGGAGAGGGGCCGCGAGUGGGAGGGAGAGGAGGGUUGGGAAGGGGAGAAGGCUGUGAAGGUGGGGUAGGGCGUUUAGGAGGGAUGGGGUAUGGUGGAUCAGAUUGGUCGGAUUCUUUUAGGAUACGUGCACUAGAGGACAAAAUUGACAGGCUGGCAGACAUCACCCGGCUAUGGCUUGGCAGGUCAGCCCCCUGGCCAGCCAGGUCCAGACAGGUUCAGAAACUGCCGCCCAGCGGUGCUGGUAGAGGUGGUAGAGGUGGUAGAGAUGGUAGGCUGGAGGAGAUUGAGGAUAGUGCGGGGGAAGUGGAUCGCGAGGGCCGGCAGGGAGAGGCGGUGGAGAGAGCAGUGAGAAGACUGGUGUCUCUAGGGGGUGGAGAGGGGAGUGAUGUGGUUCAGAGCGGUAAGGGGAGUGGUGGGGAGAGAGGUGCGGAUGGUAGCACUCAGGAGGGAGAUGGGAAACGAGGCAGACGUGAGAGUUGUGUGGGCCGAGGGGAUGAGGUUGAGGGUGCAUGUGGGAGUGAGAGAGGGGGAGAGGAGGAGGUAGGUGAGAGAAGACGAGGACGAAGAGGCCAGGGGGGAUGGGGGGGAGAGUACGAUGCAGAGGAAGGGGAGGAGAGGCGCAAGGAUGGCCACAGAGAAGGGGAAGGGGAACAGCAGGAGGCAGGGACUGAGGUGGAUGGAGAGGAAGAGGAGGACGGGGGGGAGGAGGAGGAAGAAGUGAUACGGGUGGUGUCUCUGGUGUUGGCAGAGAACCGGGAGUUGAGACGAAUGCUGAGGCGGAGCCAGGAGAGGGAGUGGAGGGCAGCGGAGAGAUGCAGGGAAAUGCAAGGUGAGAUCAACCGGCUGAGACAAGUAGGAGUGCAACUGAUGGCGACAAACGUCCAGGAAGCAAGGGACUCACCAGCAUGCACAGCAGGUGAAGCAGAUGGCCAGAUUAUGCUAAGACUAGAUGUGUAGGCAGCAGUCACCAGGCAGCAGGCAGCAGGCAGCUGGCAGCAGGUGUAAAGUUCGUGGCACUGUGAGUGAGGCAAUAGUAGUAUUGCCCAACUACGUCGAGGUUGAGUGACUUGCUGUACAGUGGGAGGGAGUAAUGACCUGCCAUGCCAUACCUACCUACCGUACUUACUAUCCACCUACGCUACAUGCAGGGGCAGAAAUUGGUUUAGGACCACCCUUAGGAAUCAGGGUACUAAAAGUAAAUUGCCCUGCCUGAAAGGGUUAAAAAUUUCAAACCCUUGCAAUUUCAGGGUAUUUUCAGGUUUUUAAAAGGCUCCCUGAUGUAGCCAGGGUAAUUUCCAGCGCACCCUGUUUGUCCUCAGACUCUUGAUUAC